AAGACGCAUCCCAUGUUCAUCCUUCAUGUACCAGGAAAGGAUUCUCAAGAUGCAGUACUCCAUCAGCUCCAUAGGACUGAGGCCUGCAGUCCUGCAGCUCCUCCACUCUUGCAUCUCAGUCUUCUUAAACAGGACUGACAUGGACUUUCCCCCAGUCUUUGGGACACUUCUCCCAAUUACCAACCUAGGCUUCAUAUUUUUGUGUUUGAGUUUGGACAAUAAUUUUUUGUCUCCCCAUCAGGCCUCCUGACCCUUACCUUACGUACUCUUUGUUUUUAUGCCUUUCUCCUAGCUUCCAGGAGGUGAUCCUUGUGUACUAACCAGCUUCCUUUGGUUCCUCUUUCUUCCAGGGUCUUAUGAUAAUCUACCAACAUGUUCCUUGAAAAGGCCAUUUUCAGCUUCAGUGAGAUUGCUGUAACCACUUUGCUGCCUUUAGGAUAUUCAGCACUACCAUCUCAUGGACACUGAUGCCAAUGCUGCCUUUCACAUUCACAUUCAACAUAACACCAUCCUUUUCAGUGAGGAUAGGGUCCAAUACAGCACCUCUCUUCAGAGCUUCUCUGUCAUUUAGGGAAGUAAACUCCACAGAAAACAAACAAGGUUUGCUUAUACCCUGCUGAGUUGUUCCUCCUGCAGAUACCAUGAUGGCAGGAGGUUUUGAUCUUGCUGCACAAUGGCUAGUGACUGUUAGUUUAGAGACAGAGGGAGUAGAAAGAACCAUGUGGCAUGUCUGUAAGGAAGAGAAGCCUUUGGUGUAUGGCUGCAGAUUGUAGUGCUGUGAGGAGUUGGUUCUAUUCCUAUUAAGGGAGUUGCCAACCAUUCCUCCUCCAGAGACUCCCAAGCCAUGCCCUGUCCACUGACUGAACACAAUUGCUCCUUCACUCUCUGUUCCUAUCCUGUUGAUUGUGAUGUUGUUGUAUGGUGUAAUCCUUAGGUCAGUCAUACCAACACUUGAAGGAAGUUAUCUUGGCAUAGUAGACAUGUCAAAAAUGAGGAAAUGAAAUUGCAGAGGUGAGGGAGACAAAACCACAACCUGCACCAUUAGGAAGGAUUAUUUGCAUUUGAGGUGAGUCUCUUGGAAAAUUACUGCCUAAGUGGAGCGAUUAUGGGCCUGAGGCAAUGGUGGAACAGUAUAAAAGUUUAUUCACCUCCUCAUUCUCUCAUCCACUCCUUGCUUCCAUCUCUCUGCAAACGUGGUGAGUGCAAAUCCCUUCCUCCAUUCUCUGGGAUUUCUCUAUGCAUGCAAGUGCCUUCAUCCUAGGCAGCGCAUAGGCAGGCAGCUGUUGCACAUUAGUCAGUACCGUUGGUAUCAAAGAAAAGUAAAAAAACAUGAGGUUCUUUACACAGCAUUCAUUUCCUCAGCCAGCACAGUGCCUUUCUCCUGAUGGAAUUCCUCCUGUUCCUCUCACACUUCUGUGUCCUCCUGACCCUCUGUCCCAACAGGUGCCCCUCCAGACACAAGCCAUGUCCUGCUACGACCAGUGCGUGCCACGCCUGCCCUGCCAGCCGUGCGGCCCCACCCCUCUAGGCAGCAGCUGCAACGAGCCCUGCGUCAGGCAGUGCCAGGACUCCAACAUCUUCAUCCAGCCCUCUCCCGUCGUGGUGACCCUGCCCGGACCCAUCCUCAGCUCCUUCCCGCAGAACACCGCCGUGGGAUCCUCCACCUCCGCUGCCGUUGGCAGCAUCCUCAGCUCUGAGGGUGUGCCCAUCUCCUCUGGAGGCUUUGGCCUCUCUGGCUUUGGCAGCCGCUUCAGUGGCAGACGGUACUUCCCCUGCUAAAGCUGCUGAUGAUGAUCCUGGAAAAAGACCCCAGGGACCCAGGAGUUGGAAGCAGAACUGAGACAGAGAAUUGGCAUUCAGCCUGCACUCUCAGAAGACAUGGUCCAUUUCUGCCUUUCCGCCUCCCUUUUUUCUACCCUGUAUCAUUGCUGCUCACCAUGUGCUCCCCUGGACAGUCAGUCCCACAAAAUCAGCAUAGGGAGGAUCUGAUCUGAUGGCCUUCUGUGGAAAGGGCAGAUGGACAGCUGGCAACAUGCCCACCAUGGUCAUGCAGUGCAGACUAUCAACUGUCCCUAAUGCUUUCUGUACCAGAGCCUUCCCUCCCAGUGAUCUCAUUUCCCUCUUUUGCCUCAUUAAAUUUUUGCUGCAUCCCAGCCUUUGCCUCUGUGUUAUCCUUCCUUGGUGGGUACUCCAGGUUCCAGCUGCCAGGAGGAAAGCAGUUGCUCUGUCAAUGUCAGUGGGUGUGCAGGUCAUGCCAGAACCAUUCCACUUUUCCAAAGGGUGGGGAGAGUGAGAUAUUGUGCUGUGGGUCCCCUUGGGAAAGCACUGCCACUCCCAUAUGUGGAUGUUGUUCAACAAUCCCACACUGUCUCUGGCUUUCAGUCCCAUCUUUGCUGUCUCUCUGUUCUGAUGUGUCCUCUCAGACACAAUGUACAUUUUGCCUGGUCACUGAUGGCCUUGAUUAAACAGUCAGUUCUGCUGGAUGCACUAGAGGUUUGCAGACCCACAUUCACUUGGGGAGGGGAGGAAAUGGAAUUUGUCUUCCUCCAGAUGCUGUUCUGCUUUUUGGGCACACAUGGUUUGGUUUUCUUGUCAAAUAACUUGGAAGUGUUCAUGAAUUCUCUUGAAUUCACAACUACACAUAACCCUCAUUCAGGGGCAACCUUGUCACUAUCCCCAUGUUUGGAGAGCAGUACAUGCUAUUUAACAUUUAGGGCUUGUCAGUAUACACUGCCAGCAAGGGAGGAGCUGCUUUUCCUUCUGUUUGUCUAUUCUUCAAGAAAAAAGAUGUCUAGAUAAGUCAAUUCAAGUUAACACUGGCUAGCACGGUCUCACAUGGCAAAAACUUUUUCAAGUAUGUCAACAGUAAGAAUAAGCUGAAGGAAAACACUGUACAGAUACUUGUUGCAUACAGUCACCUAAAAAGUAAGGAUGAGGAAAAGACAGAGGCAUUUAAUGCUUGUUUUAUUGUCUCAGUUUUUAAUAGCAGUGACAGACCCUGGGCUGCCCAGUCCUCAGAGUUAGAGCACCAUAAUUGGAGGAGCAAUGACUUCCCAUCUAUGCUCACCAGAUUUGCAAGGAAGCAGUCACAUCAGCUCAACAUUUGUAAGCCAAUGGAUCCUGAUAUGCUUUACCCUAGAGUACUGAAGGAAUUAGCAGAUGUUACAGCUGAAACCCUCUCAACAAUUUAUCAAAGGUUGUAGGAAUCUCGGAGGUGUCUCAUGACAGGAAGCCAAUGCCAUAACCCAAGAAAAGAUGCAGACCUGUAAAAGACCCAAGAAAAUGCAGACCUGUCACUCUAACCUCAGGCUCUAGAAGAGUCAGAGAAAAGAUUAUCCUGAGGGUUACUGAAUGACAGUUAAAGAACAAAGUUAUUAUCAAACACAGUCAAUAUGGGUUCACGAAGGGAAACUCCUGCCUUGAUAAUUCAAUCUUAAUUGAUCUGCUUGGUGAAUGAAGGGAAGACAGUGGAAGUAACCCUCCUGGACUGCAGUGCAGCCAUUGAUACUGUCCCUCAUAGUUUCCUUCUGAAAAAAAUGUCCAACUCUAAAACAAACAAGUUCAAAUGAUUGUGCACUGGAUGAUGGACUGGUCUGACAGCAGAGCUCAAAAUAUCAUAGUGAAUGGGGCUAUAUCUGGCUUGUGGUCAGUCACUAGCAGUUAUUCCCCAGGCCUCAAUUCUAGGGCCAGUCCCAUUGAAAAUUUUUAUUAGCAGUCUAGGUGCAGGACUAGAAUGCAUACUCAGCAAAUUUCCGAUUAUAUUAAACUGGGAGGUGUUCUGGACUCCCUGGAGGGAUCACAAAA